GAAGGCAGAACACAAGAACCCACAGCUCCCCGAGGAACGAUGAAGACUCUCAGCGCAUUGCUGCUCCUGGGUCUGGCGGCCGCCGCCUGCUCCCUCCCCAUAGCGCUUCCCAGCACUGCGAAGAACGAUGAGGAGGUGGCAGAGGCCUAUCUGAAGAGGUUCUUUAACCUCACCACUCCGGAGGGACCCAUCCAGAGACGCCGGAUCAGCCCCAUGACUGAGAAGGUGAGAGAGAUGCAGAGGUUCUUUGGGCUGAAGGUGACCGGAACCCUGGACUCGGACACAAUGCAGAUGAUGAAUAAACCUCGCUGUGGAGUCCCUGAUGUAGCCCAGUACUCUACAUUCCAAGGGAAUAUCAAGUGGCCAAAAACCAGCCUGACAUACAGGAUUGAGAACUACACGCCGGACAUGGCAGUGCAGGACGUGGACAGAGCCCUAGAGAGAGCUCUCCAAGUGUGGGCCAAGGUCACCCCUCUGCGCUUCACCCGGAUCUACAGCGGCACCGCUGACAUCAUGAUCUCCUUUGGGGCCGGAGUUCACGGCGAUUACUACCCUUUCGAUGGACCAGACGGUACUUUGGCUCAUGCUUUUGCUCCCAGCGAGGGCAUCGGUGGAGAUGCCCACUUUGAUGAGGACGAAACAUUCACCAGCGGAUCCAUGGGGUACAACCUGUUCCUGGUGGCGGCCCACGAGUUUGGCCACUCUCUGGGCCUGUCCCACUCCACCGACCCUGGGGCAUUGAUGUUCCCCGUCUACAGCUACGUGGAUCCCGACACCUUCUCCCUCCCUCAGGAUGACAUUAAAGGAAUACAGUUCCUUUACGGCCCAAACCCAGAUGUGGACGGAGGCAACCCUGACCCCAACCCAGGCCCAACCACCCCCAACGCCUGUGACCCCCGCCUGUCCCUGGACGCCGCCACAACCCUGCGAGGAGAGAAGAUACUCUUCAAGGGCAGUUUCUUUUGGCGCAGUUUCAGCCAGUCAUCCCAAGUGGAGCAACACAGAAUCAAGUACUUCUGGCCUGAGCUUCCUGACAACAUCGACGCAGCCUACGAGAGCCUGGAAAGUGACAGGGUGUAUCUCUUUAAAGGAAACCAGGUGUGGGCUCUGUUUGGAUAUGACAUUGUCCAGGGAUACCCCAAAAGCAUUACCACUCUGGGCCUCCCACGGAGUGUGACCAAGAUUGAUGCUGCUGUUUACGAUGAACAGUCUCGCAAAGCCCUCUUCUUCACUGGCAACCAGAUCUACAGCUAUGAUGAGGCCACCAGGAAGGUGGACCAAGGCUUCCCAAAAUCCAUUAAGGACGUCUUCCCUGGAAUUGGCAAUAAAGUUGAUGCAGCCUUACAAGACAGAGGUUUUACGUACCUCUUCAAUGGACAAUACAUGAUGGAGUACAGCUAUACGAGAAGGGCUCUUCGUGUUUUGUACACCAACUACUUUCUGGGCUGUUAGACCAAUUACCAAGUCAUGUGAAAUGUAUCUUUUAAAUUAAGAAAUCAUCAGAAGGAUUUAGGAUUUAUUUUUAAAAACAUGUCAAUUCAAGGAUAUU